UAUACCUUUCCCAAAAAUCAAACAACAGACACACACAGCAACUAAAACCCUUAUCCCCAAAACCAAAUUUCAAUCUUCAUCAGUUCUUCUCCUAUUCUUUCCAAUUUCGUUUUUUAUUUUCAUUAUCAUCGUUCACUAAUCUCAGAACACAGAUAUUUUAAUUUUUUAAGAGCUAAAAAUUUGAAUUAGAGUUUUGGGGGAUUUAAUUUUUCUAAUGAUGUUUGUUUAUUUCUGAUCUUCUUGCUUCUGUUUGGGCAGUUGUCAUCUUUUGUUAAUUGUUAUACAUAGCUGUUUCAUCUGGGGGAUUUAACUGGAAGAAGAAAAAGGAUGGGAAAACUGUAAAAGAAGCUCAUGAACACUUAAAAGUGAGGAAUUGUCUUAAAUCUUGUGAAUCGGAUGGAUAAGUUUGUCACCAGGUUAAAACGCGGACAACCAAGCUCUAGUUCUACUAUUCCACCUGUUACUUCAUCCAUACCUUCGGAAGUUCAGAGGGAUACAAAUCCUUCAAAUAUCAAUUUCAAUUAUUUGAAAGCAAACCCGGCAAACAGAAGGCCUAUUGCAGAAUAUGACCCUAAUAUACGUGAUGAAGUUAGAAGAUAUUAUAUUCAAAAAGGACCUUGUCAGCCUAUGAAUCAUGAUUUUCCUAAAACUCAGUUUGGGAAGAAAAAGAAAACAAUGCGUCAGUUUCAUCCUAGUUGGUUCAAAGGUCGACAUUCCAAGUGGUUAGAGUACAGUAUAUCAAAAGAUGCUGCUUAUUGUUUGUGUUGCUAUUUGUUUAAAAAUGAGCAUGAUGUUCGUGGAAAUAUGGGAGAUGCUUUUACGAAAAAGGGUUAUAAGGGUUGGAACAAGGCUAAGGAAAGAUUCAAAACUCAUAUUGGACAGGUAAAUAGCAUCCACAACAAGUGUUUCAACAUGAUGAUUGAUUUGAUAAAUCAAUCACAAUCAAUUCGCACUUCUUUUGACAAGCGUAAGGAGAAAGACAAAAAUGAAUCUCGACAUCGCUUGGGUGCUUGCAAGGUUUCUCUUAAGAUUAGGAUUGCCGUUUCAUGGUCAUGAUGAGAGCAUAUCAUCUACAAAUAGAGGUAUAUUUCUUGAACUUUUGCAAUGGUAUGGAGCCAUGGAUCAGGAAGUUGGAAGCAUUAUAUUACAAAAUGCUCCAAAAAAUGAAAUGAUGUGUUAUCCAAAAAUUCAAAAAGAUAUUGUUGAUGCUUGUGCAAAAGAAACAAUCAAAGCUAUUAUUGAAGACUUGGAUGGUGAUUAUUUCGGAAUACUGGUUGAUGAAUCGAAGGAUAUAUCACACAAGGAGCAAAUGGCACUUGUUCUACGAUAUGUUGACAAAAAAGGUGAAGUGAUAGAGCGAUUUGUUGGUAUUGUCCAUGUUAAUGAUACAUCUGCACGAUCAAUGAAGGAAACAAUCUAUUCUUUUCUUUCGGAUCACUCAUUAAGUCCAUCCCAAAUACGUGGGCAAGGUUAUGAUGGUGCUAGUAACAUGCAAGGAGAACUAAAUGGUCUUAAAAGUUUAAUUUUGCGUGAUACUCCAUCUGCAUAUUCCACCCAUUGUUUUGCUCACCAAUUGCAGUUGACACUUGUGGCUCUUGCGAAGAAAAAUACAGAUGUGGAUGAUUUUUUUUGUAUAGUUACUAAUGUAUUGAAUAUUGUUGGAGCAUCUUAUAAGCGCAGGGAUUUGCUCAGACAACAUCAAGCUGCAAAGUUAGAAGAGUUGCUCAUUUCUGGUGAAGUGCACACAGGACGGGGACUAAAUCAAGAACGUGGGCUUCAACGACCAGGUGACACUCGUUGGGGUUCUCAUUAUAAAACAUUACAGAAUUUCAUUGAUAUAUUUCCAUCAAUUCUUUAUGUUCUUGAAUUUGCUGCAUGUGAGUGUCCAAAUUAUAUCGAUAGACUUACAGCUGAAAGUCUUGCGGAUAAGAUUAAGGGGUUUGAUUUUGUUUUUAUGUUGCACUUGAUGUUGGAAGUUCUGAAGAAGACAAAUUAUUUGAACUGCUCAUUACAGAAGAUGGAUCAAGAUAUUGUCAAUGCUAUGGGGCUGCUCAAUACUGCAAAGCAAGAAUUGCAAAUGAUGAGGGAUAGGGGAUGGAAAUCAUUACUCGAUGAUGCCUUUUCUUUUUGUAAUAACCAUGAGAUAUUUAUUCCGAAGAUGGAUGCUAACUACAUUCCUGGGAAGUCGAAACGUAGAGCUCUUGAUGUUACAUAUUCUCAUCAUUUUCGUGUUGGAAUUUUUUUAUCCUGUUAUUGAUUUGCUGCUUCAGGAGCUUAAUAAUCAUUUCGACACUGUUAGUACUGAUUUACUUCUUGGUAUGGCUUGUUUACAUCCAGCUAAGUCAUUUGGUAAUUUUGAUAAGAAAAAGGUAAUCAGGUUGGCUGAAUAUUAUCCGAAUGAGUUUGAUAGCAACAAGCUUCGAGAUCUCAGUUGCCUACUUGAUAAUUUCAUAGUGUAUGUUCGAGGUUCUGAUAAGAGAUUUUUCAAUAUGAAGGGUAUUACUGAUCUUGCUAAAGUACUGGUUCAAUCAGAAUUGCACCAGACCUGGCCACUUGUUUAUUUGCUUAUCAAGUUGACUCUUAUUCUUCCAGUUGCUACUGCUUCUGUGGAACGAGCUUUCUCAUCGAUGAAGUACAUCAAAAAUGAACUCCCCAGCAGUAUGAGUGAUGAAUUUUUAAAUGGUUGUUUAGUCUGCUAUGUAGAGCGUGGGAUAUUUGCAACUAUAAGUAAUGAUGCUAUUAUUCAUCAUUUUCAGAAAAUGAAAAGUCGUCGAGCGCAGUUGUGAUUUGUGACUGCAAGUCUUUUUUUUGGAUCAGACUUGAGACUAAGUCUUUUUUUUUUUUUGGGAUCGGACUUGUAACUUCUGACUAGAAGUCUCUUUUUUUUUUAUCAGACUUGAGACUAAGUCUUUUUUUUUUGGAUCGGACUUGUGACUACUGACUAGAAGUCUUUCUUUUGUAUGAAACUUGUGAUUAAAAGCCUCUUUUGGUAAUGAUAAUAUUAGUUGCAAUUUUCCUUUAGUGUUGCAUUCAAAUAGUUGUGCAUUUAUAUUAUGUCAUCGUUAGCAACUCAUGUUAAAGAAAAUGAGGCACCCACGACCCUGAAAUUCUGGGUCCGCCUCUGCAUGAAUAUUGUUUGAUUUUUUAAUACGGGGUGCACUUUUUUUUGACAUUAUUAAUUUGC